GGGGGCUGCCGGGGUUCGCCUUUAAUGAAAAGCUGUCGACUGGGGGCUGGUUCUGGGGUUUCGUGAGUAGGAUGGCGUUUCAUAUUCUAUAACCGUAGCUCCCCUAACCUUUUCGUACCUCACCCCCAUUGUAAAGACUAUUAAGGUGCAGUAAAGAGCUGACAAAUACGAUCGGUGACUUUUUAAAAAUUCCUUUUUUUUCCGUACUGUAAGUCCGUAGUUUUCAGCAGUUGCCAUGGACUGGCAUCACACGUAAAUCGACAUCAUAUUGAGCACGCGCGGAAUGGCGAGCAUGCGUGUUCGGCAAGUUGGGUUGCGCGAUAGUUUUUCGUGUUUUUAUAAAAAUGCUUACGAAGAGACAGUGUAAAAUACGUAGAGUCUGCUUAUAACAUGGAGUUUGUUUGAAAUAGUAAGAUAUAUUGUUUGCGUCUAGAUUAGCCGUUUGAGUGAAACAGUCCAGAGAAAUGGGUUUAUUAACUGUGUACUUUUCUAGCAGGCUGUAGUUGGGACCGAACACAACUUGUUGGAGCGAAUUUCGCCGAGCAACUACGUAUAGGUUUAAUCGAAACAGUUUGAUAGGGUCUGUUCUUUCCGGUGAACUUUAGUCACCCGUGUGGAAGGAUCCCUAAUAGUUUCUUACGGAUAGGCCAACCGGUUGAAAUCUUUUCCAACGUGUGCGGUUUGUCGCACCUCAUUUGUCCGAAGCCGAUUCAAGAGUCCUUUCCCCAGGGUUGAGUGAAAGGUGAGCGCAGCCCUGGCUUGUAGUUACAAGAGGAGAUGGUCCCCUUGUUAAGUCCGGUGUAAAUAGAGUUGAGAGAGGCCGAACAAAACGGGGGAUUCCGUUAAAAUAUGGGAAGUCUACCCGCAGGAUUAGGUCAUAUACAUCUUGUAUAAAAAAUGGCAGCGAGCGGCUACACUGACCUGAGGGAAAAAUUAAAGUCCAUGAUCCCGCAGAGGGAUAACGCGAGGAAAGUGACCGAACACGCCACCGACCGCAAACGCAAGUAUCACGAUUCCGAGGAGGACUACAGCGACUACGAAGACUAUCGAGAGAUCGAGGCAAGCAAGGUGAAAAGUGGCAUCAAGCAGGUGAAAAUCUUCAGCGUGGAGGAGUGCGCGGUCAUCGAGGCCAAAAUUGAUGAGGUCGUGUCCAAAGCUGAAAAGGGUCUGUACCGGCAGCACACUGUGGACAGGGCACCUCUCAGGAACAAGUACUUUUUUGGUGAGGGUUACACAUACGGUUCGCAACUGGAGAAGAGAGGCCCCGGCCAGGAGAGGCUCUACUCGAAAGGGGAGGUGGACGAAAUCCCCGACUGGGUUCAUGAGCUGGUUAUCAACAAAUUGGUCGACCAUCGGGUUAUCCCUAAAGGUUUUGUCAACAGCGCAGUGAUCAACGACUACCAGCCAGGAGGCUGCAUCGUGUCCCAUGUCGACCCCAUUCACAUCUUUGAAAGGCCCAUUGUGUCGGUGUCCUUCUUCAGUGACUCUGCCCUCUGUUUUGGCUGCAAAUUUCAAUUCAAGCCUAUCCGAGUGUCGGAGCCGGUGUUCUUCCUUCCGGUGAGACGGGGCAGCGUCACUAUGCUCAGUGGUUAUGCAGCAGAUGAAAUUACCCACUGCAUUCGGCCACAAGAUAUCAAGGAAAGGCGUGCAGUUAUUAUCCUGAGAAAGACGAGAAAGGAUGCACCACGUUUGGAAAGUAAAACCUUAAGUAAUGUAUCUCUUGCUGCUGCAACGUCAGACCACCAACAGAUACUGAAACCAAAGCGGUCUCAUCGAAAAGCCGAUCCUGAUGCCGCUCACAGACCUCGAAUUUUAGAAAUGGACAAAGAAGAAAAUAGACGCUCUGUUAUCUUGCCAGAACACAGAAGGAGAACUAGUUACAGCUCCGAGGACUACUGGAGAAGGUCCUAUGACAUUUCAGAAAACUAUGAAGACGCAGACAAUGAUGUAAAUUCAGUGAGGAAAGUGAAAAUGAGACGACAUUAAAUGAUGGACACCCAUGCUCCCCCAAUCAAGCCAGUUUUCUGGCAGCAGUGUUUUUUCAUCUUUUUUUUUUUUUUUUUUUUUUUUUUUUUUUUUUCUUUUCUUUGACAGCUUCAUUUGUAGUGUAGGUUUUGGAUUUUAGGCUGUCAGAUGACCCUCCUAAGGGUUGGGUUUCGAAUGCAAGUUAAAAAAGUCAAAAGGAAGAUGAAAACAUCUUCGGAAUGUAGUGCAUACUGAGCAAGAAUACUGAAAUUUAAGGUGCAAGCAUUCAUUUGGCUAGUCCUCUGGAUUGUUAUUGUCAGGAAAGCAAGUAUUUAAUUUUUGAAAAGUCCAAAAUCAUGGUGAAACCAGAGGACCUGCUUGUGCUUGCUUGGUUUAUAAGCCUGUAAAAACUGGGUGGAGGCAGUGCUAUGAUUGUGUUAGCAGCAGAAUCCAUUAAUCAUCCUGCUUAAUUUUGUCUCUCGUUCUCCCUUGCAAAUAGCUCCUCUGUAUUAAGACCUUUUCCGGUGCUACACGGUUUUCUAUAUGAAAAUGUAUGUGGCACUUACAGGAAGCAAACGAAUGAAUAAUUGUUAUGGCCACCCAACCCGUAUUUCCCCCAAUUUCAGACAUGUGUUUAGCUGUUCAGCAUUUGCAACCCUCUUUAUGCUCCACUGAUUGUGAACAAGCACAAUGCAUUGUAGGAGAGUUGAUGAUUCAAAGCCCACGUGUCAUUUCACUGCUUUUCAUGUCAUUAAAUAAGUUAGAACCAGUAUUCAUGCUGCAGAUUGUAUUAUGCGCAGUAUCUAGAUUUUUGUUUUUGGAUCCAAAGACCAAUACAAGAAAUGUAUUUAAGUGUAAACAAGACUUUUUGUGGAUUCUUUGACUUUUUUUUUUUAUUAUUAUUAAUAGUGUCAUUUUUUUGUACAGUUUAGCACCUUGUGCCAUGGAAUAUGUCUGUCAGUGACUAGAAGAUCCAAAGUUUAAAAAAAAAAAAAAAGUCAAGGUUAUGCCUAGCUCUGUGGAAGAACUUCUUGUAUGAGCUGCAUUUAAACUGCCACUGCGUUUGGAUUCUUUUUGUUCGUCUUUACUAAUAACAUAACUGCAAUACGAAGUUCAGCCAGUUCUACAUGUAGCAGAUUUUGAAAAGUCGUUUUACUUGCUUAGUUAAGGGCGCGUACACACAACUGAUUUACUAUGCUUGUUAGUUUCAAACUUAAUUAUAAACAUUUUCAUACCUGGAACUUUUUUAAUGCUUUGUUUAAAGGAAAAAAAAAAAAGUUGCAUUUAUUUUGAGAUAUAUGCUUGCAUAUUUGGGUGCCAAUAGGACCACCUCCCAAUCCCCCAAAAAAGUCUUUUUGCUUGUAACAAAGAUGUACAGUACUGUAAAGGUUAUGAGUUUAAAUGUACUCGGAUGAAAUUAUAUACAUAAUGAAAACUAUUUUAUGUACAAAGAACUAAUUUUAGUUAUUUGUUUAAAAGUGAUCUGUGUGUGGCUUUU